AUGUUUUUAGAUAUUUUUAAAAAGUUACAAAUUAAUAUUCCUUUUACUGAAGCUUUAGCUAAAAUUCCUAAUUAUGUUAAGCUUAUGAAAGACCUCUUGUCUAGAAAGCAUAAGUUGCAGGAAUUUGAGACAGUGGCUCUCACAGAGGAGUGCAGCGCCAUUAUCCAGAAGAAGCUUCCACCAAAACUUCGAGAUCCAGGGAGUUUCAACAUCCCCAUUGCGAUAGGCAACAUUAAUGUUGGCCGGACAUUGUGUGAUCUCAUAGCAAGCAUCAAUCUCAUGCCUUUGUCUGUGAUGAAAUCUCUGGGAAUUUCAGAAUUGAAACCCACCAUGGUCUCCUUACAACUUGCUGAUAGAUCUCUAAGAAGACCAAAUGGAGUUAUUGAAGAUGUUCUUGUUAAAGUUGACAAGUUCAUAUUUUCUGCUUACUUCAUAGUCCUUGGUAUGGAAGAAGAAGGUGACAUGCCCCUUCUCUUAGGAAGACCUUUCCUAGCCACAACCAGAACCAUGAUAGAUGUAGAGCAAGGAAAGUUAGAGCUGAGGAUGGAUGACAAAAAGGUUACCAUCAAUGUAUUUGAUGCAAUGAAGCAAGCAACUGAUAAGGAUGACUGCUUUCAAGUAGACAUCUUUGAUGAGUUGCUGCUUAAGAAGAAAUAUGAUGAUCCAGCUCUCGAAGAAGAUUUGAAAGCUCUUGACAUUGAUUCUCCACUAGAAAAUUCUGAAAUUACAAUAGAGAUGCUGAAGAAAAAGAAUACCCAAGCAUUGGAGGAUCCAUCAACUACAAGAACACCAAUCUUCCACACCUUGGCUGCAGACUUGGGUCCCUUUUUUCUCCCAAUUUAG